AUGCCAUCCUCCCCACAAAGUCCCACCCGAAGUGAAGAUGGAAGUGAUGACGAUGACCUUCCUCAACAACAACAACAAACAUCACCACCGCUCGCUACACGUAAACCAAAAACUCCUCCAAUUGCCAUCCAUUCCAGCGCAGUAUCUUCUUCAUCCGCUGCUGGUAGUUUGAAGCCUUCUUCAUUAAAACAUCACUCGCCAACGCCUUCUUCUCAGAAAAAGACAGUGACUUUCACUCCGAUAGAGUCCAGUAUUCUUACAAAGAACUUGAAGGACCAAGAGAAUAAGAAAACAUCAAUUACAACGAGUUCUGUAAUGGUGGAUAUUGAGGAUGAUCCUCCAUCCACUAAAUAUUACCAAAUUGGUGAUGACGAUGACGACAAUACCAUCAAAGUACAAACAACUCCAACAUCAGCAACACAAAAUACAGCACAACCCAUUACUACUCCACGAAGUACCAAAUCAUCGUCCAAGAAAAACAAGAAGCCAAUAGUAUUUAAUCACACAGUUUUGACAUGGUUCAGAACACAGCGACAGUCAUUGAAACAGAGAAGAGCAAAUGCAACACCAGAGGAUAUGUUGUCGACAGGUCCUUUAACCAAGUUUUGGAAAUAUGGAAAAAUUCCUUGGAAAAUGAUGAUACAAAUUGCAUUGGUGAUACUAAUGACAGUUCAAGUUGUACUACUUUCACAACACAGAAAUUACUUUUUCAUUUCUUCUGAUGCUUCCUUUGCAACACAAUUUUUAAAAGAUGGAUUUGAAAAUUAUGAGCAAAGUCUCUACGGUUUUUAUACUUCGUAUUUUUAUAACGCACAAGAAGUAGUGGACGAUAUUUCAAAAACAGUUUCAACUUAUUACUCUUUUCCGCAAAAGAACGUCGAUAUUUGGGUUUUUCCAAGAGAUAUUCGUCAACGAGAUUUAAUCAAACCUAUUCGAAUUGAUAUCCAAUUGUUCAAAGACAAUCCAAGACUGUUUGGUACUGGUGACUAUGGAAGAGAGCCAUUCGUAGUUGAGAGUGAUAUUCUCACAAAACGAGAUCCUUUGGGGGUUGUGUUGAAGUCCUACCUUUCAAAUUCGACAAGAGACUUCUUUGAUAGAUUACAUGAAUUGACACUCACCAUCAACCUUGUGGGUCUUGAUCGAAGCAAUUUUGCUGUAAAUAAUUAUGCUGAAUGUGUUUUUUGGACAUUGAAAAAGAUUUAUAAAAACGGAGAAGGAGGAAGGUUGAUGGCUCAAUUACGACGUACUUAUGACGUGUGUCGAACUACUGAUCGAGCUCUCUACAUGGAGUAUUUCAAGCCUGCAAUUUGGAUGUCCAUGCUUAUAUUUAUGUUCAGCAUGGUAGCUUUGGUGUUAGAUAUCAAGGCUAUAUUUGCAAGAAUUAGACUAUUUAAAAAAAUUCGAGAUUUAGAAGUUAAAAAACAAGGCACCAAAAAUGAAUACAGCCAAAGUGGUAAUGCCAUAAAAAGAUUCUUCCAAAAAAUUGUUCAUUACCGCAUUAGCAAUCUGUCACUCUCAGAUAUUCCAAAGAUAUUGUCGUAUUGGGUAAUAUUUUCUAUUACCCAACAUUGUAUUAACAUUUUAACGUUUAUUCUUCAACUUGCAAUUCCCGGAAAAACAAUUGAAGUUUCCUUUUUUGUUGGGCUUGGUGCUUUGCUUACAUGGUCUUCCACCCUCAGAUUCUUUCAAUUUUCUCCCAAUUUUUAUAUGUUCAGUAAGGCUUUUGAACGAGGUUUACCUCAAGUGAUCAGAUUUAUUAUCACCACUCUACCUUUGUACUUUGGUUUUGCAUUGCUUGGAACAAUAAUGUUUGGAGAGUACUCAAAGUAUUUCUUUGACGUUAAUGAGGCUAUGGUCACCCUAUUUUCCUUAAUUUUCCAGGACAACAUGAGAGACACUUUUGACAGCGUAUUUGGAUAUCAAGGCUUCACAGCAUUCUUUUCAAGGUUGUAUAUUUACAUCUACACAACAAUAUUUAUUUGUGUGAUUGCCAACGUGUUUACGAGUAUCAUGGAAGACGCAUUCUUCUCUCUCAAGGAAAAUCAGGAAAAUCUUGAAGCACAAGUUAACAAGAACACCAACGACGAUGAAACAUCGUCAACCUCGAGCGGCGAAUCUGAUGUUUCCAUUAUUAAUGUUUCCAUUAAUGAUUUGUCUGAGGAUGCAGAGGAUGCUUAUCUACAGCAAGUCAUCAACAAGGAAGAAGAGAAGGAACAAAAAAUUCUAAGCACUAAGGAGCAAUAUUUCCCACAAGAUGAUUACGCCUCCUUGAAGUACAUUUUGGAGGAGGAAUCCAUCAAGGAUAAUGUCGAGCGUAUUGUGACCAUUGUCAAAGCAUUAUGUAAGAAUAAGAGUUUAUCAGAAGAGGAGGAACAAUUAUUGAAGGCCAUCGAAAACAAGGCUGCCUCAAUAUAUUCCAAGUCUAACAUUGUUCCUGGCUUAGAUGUGGAUCAAGAAGAGUUACAAGAACAUUCUGAUUUAUUGAAAACAAAAGAAGAUUAA